GUUUGAAGCACACAAACCUUCUGGAAGGCGAGAAUCCGCCACUUUUCACCAUUGAAAGCAGUUGAAUUUUGAUGAGGAGCACUGUGUCUGCAUGAAGCCCUCUAAUCUAUUCAGAAAGGAUGCAUGACCCUGGGUCCCGCAUGACAGGCCAUUGAUUGACGAGGAGUCUUUGCAGGAAAGCAAAUCAGCACGCCGAGUGGUGAUCUGCAUGCCCCUUUGCAUACAGGGUACCUGCAACAAGGCUUGAAAAGCGUUUGCCAUAAUGUUAGCUGCUGCAGCCAGCAAUGCUGCAGCGAACUUGGGCCUCUCCAGGGCCUCCGGUGACGCCAGCAGAAACUGUGAGGCCGAUAACCGCCUGGCUUGGAAAUCAUAUGUAGGCUUCCGGCAUGCUGGGUGUCUAACAAGGGUAGCUGAAAGUCCGCAGCGGAGAUUUAGAUCAGGCCAGAUAGAGCGAGAGCAGUGUCUGAAAAGCCGGAGACAAUGUGGAAAGAUUGUAUGCACGACGGCCAAUGUGGCCAGAGGCAGGUUCUACUUGAAUGUGACGGGGUUCCCCUUUCCGCUUAACCCGCUCGCAUUCAGGCGAACCGUGCGUACAGAGGUUGAUCCUGGGAGUAUUUGGUUCUUCGAACAAGAGCAGGGGCUUGCUGGGACUAACGUAACCACAAACGUGCGCAUGACUGUAAUCAAAUUGAAGAGCGGGGGACUUUGGGUGCACGCCCCCAUUGCCCCCACCGAAGAGUGCGUGCGACUCAUCAAGGAGCUAGGGGAGCCGGUCAAGUACAUCGUGCUCACGACGUAUGCCUACGAGCACAAGGUCUUUGUGUCGCCAUUUGCGAGGAAGUUUCCCAAAGCUCAGGUGUGGGUAGCGCCUGGACUGUGGAGUUACCCGAUCCCGCUGCCCGUUGAGGCGUUUGGCAUCUUCAAGGCGGGUACGAUUAAAGACGAUGCGACAGAAACCCCCUGGCAGGACGAGAUUGAGCACAAGGUGCUGGAAUCAUCCCCUGUUGGUUCCGUCCCAGGCAUUGGCCCUUACGUGGAGCUCGCCUUCUUUCACAAGGCCUCCAAGUCACUCCUCGUCACCGACGCCGUCAUCCGAGUCCCGGACACUCCGCCUGAAGUUAUUCGGAAAGAGGCUUUGCUCGACUCCGCUCGAAACGGCGUCGUCGUAAGCUUACGAAGUGGAGGGAAGCCGAUACCAGACUUCAAGCUGUUCCCGGGAUCAAAUCGGAUCGACGAUACGGAAGAGAACAGGCUUCUAGGGUGGCAGCGCAUGCUCCUGUUGGGGCUGUAUUUCGGACCGUCCGACCUGCUGGACCCGCAGGAGAGCUUCCGGGCCAUCGCCGGACGGCUAUUGGUGUCGCCCGUCGUGCGGACGCUUGUGUUCACCAAAAUUCCGGAUGAGGCGCUAGACUGGGCCGAUCGCAUUGUGAAGGACUGGCGAUUCCAACGGGUUAUCACGUGCCAUCUUGACUCGCCCAUCGCCACGUCACCCCGAGAGUUUCGCGCUUGUUUCGCCUUUCUAGAAGAACUCGUGCCGGGCCGACGAAAAAAGGGUUUGCUUGAUUUCUUCAAGGCAAAAACACAAAACACAGGCUUCGUGGAGGAGGAUUUUGCAACGUUGAAAGGCUUGGAUGCGUUUCUGGUAAACCUAGGUGUGGUGCCCAAGCCAGGGCCUCGAAACUAGGGCUUCCGAAUUUAGAAAAACAUCAAAAUGAACGAUAGCCUUCGUGUAAGCAAGUCACAGAUGACAACAGCAGUAUAGCUUAAUAUACACUGUCCUCCUUGAUGAUCAAGCAUUCUUUCAAAAUGGAUACGACAUGGAAGUUUGGAUGCCCUGAGCCUUCAGCUUCAAUCAAUAUGAACCUACUUAGAGGUAUAUACCAUAGUUUAGGAAUUCUUAGAGCGGGAAUGUUAUGGCGGCUCGGAUUGACACGAAUUUGGAGAAUGUUAUGAACCUCGAAAUCAACAUUCGGCAAAAAUUCGCCACGUGUCCUAGUAGUUUCAUCGUCGUAACAUGUAAUAUGUGGUUUUUACGGCUUGUGACAUCGAAAGUUGACCGAUUAUCCCGUUG